UUUAAUAUUUUCUUAUCGAAUUUAGUCUAUCUUGAUAAAUUAAAAAUGGAAAAAUUACCAAUUUGUGUUUGUACAAAAAAUGAAUGCGAAAAAAAAUCAAAAUAUUUGACUGUCAAUAAAUUGGCCCAAAUUAAGUUAUGUAUUAGUAAUAUUAUCGAAUUGGAUCUUAGCUCAAGUAAACUUAAAGAAAUACCAGAAUUCAUAGAGUCUCUUGAAAAACUGACAAAAAUUAAUUUUUCAUCAAAUGAAUUAUCUCAACUUCCUACUUCUUUUGUCAAAUUGAAUCAAUUAACUUACAUAAAUAUAUCUUACAAUUUAUUUUCAAAACUUCCUGAAUGUAUUAUCAGUGGAAUUUCAUCUUUAGAAAUACUUGAUAUAUCUCACAAUUUAUUAAAUAGUAUUAAUUUUAAGCCUUUAAGCAUUAAUAAUUUAAAAAUACUAAACAUCAGCAAUAAUCCAAAUUUAUCUAGUUUUCCACAGUGGUUAUGGUCACCUGAGUGUAAAUCUUUAAAAUCCUUGGAUAUAUCAUUCACAAAAUGUUUAGAAAACUUAGAACCAGAUCCUUAUAUGAAUAUGUAUGGCAUCGCUAACAAUUUAAGUUACCUUAAUAUAUCUAAUACCAAUUCACAAGCUCAUAACUUAGAGUUUAUAAAACACUUGAAGCAUUUAAAAAAUGUUAUAUUUGAUAAUAUUGAGUCAUUAAGAAACAACGGCAACUAUUUAAAUGAUAUCCCAUUAAUUUUCAAUUAUCGUUUUAAAUUCGUUACUUCUUUGAGUAUGAAGAAUAUAAACUUAUCAAGUAUAAGGAAAGAAAUAUAUUUUAUUUUGCCCAAUUUAGUUAACCUAGAUUUAUCAAAAAAUGAAAUUUUCUCUUUGCCAGAAACAAUCAGCAAGAUGACAAAUUUAGAAUUUUGUGAUUUUUCUGACAAUCAAAUACUAUCAGUACCAGAAUGUUUUAAAAGUUUGAAGAAAAUGAAAAAAAUGGUUUUAAGUUGCAAUAAUCUAUCAAAAUUACCUAAUAUUUUUGAUGAUAUGAUAGAUUUGGAAUGGCUAGAUUUAUACAAUAAUAAACUAAUUACUUGUCCAUCUUUAGACAAAAACUCAAAUAUAAAGUUCUUGGACUGCGAACAAAAUAAUUUUUCUGUUAAAAAUAAAUUUUAUAGAAGACUUCUAGAUAAUUUACGCAAAGAAUUAGUUCAAAAUAAUCGUUUAAUUGGUCGAGUGAGUAUUGAUGAACCAGAUGUCUUAGAUUCAAAUGAGUUUAAUGAUAAUAGUUCUUCUAGUAGUCUAUAUUCUACAACGUUUAAUAGUUCUACAUCUUCUAUUACUGAUAAUUUUAUAGACUCAAAUUUUGUUGAAGAUCUCUGGGAAGAAAAUAAUUAUAAAGUAUUUUCUGAAGAAUUUGAUCCUAAAGAUUUUGAACAAAGCCUUAAAGAAGAAUUAUCAAAAAUUAAACUAGUAAACAAUGAAAAAAGAUCUGUAAUAAAAAAUCAAAGUAUUCAUUUUGGAAUAGAACAUUAUUUUCGUCCAAGUGAUGAUCACUCCAAAAUAUCUUAUAGAACAAAUUAUAAUUUAAUGAAAUAGUUUUUUAAAUUUAAAUUUAUAAUGUAGUAAUACAAAUUCUAUUAAUAGUUUAAUAAUUAUUAUAUUAACACAAAUACUUACAAAGACUAAAAUUUUUUGUUAAAAAAUAUUUAAAAUUUUAUUGUAAAAAAAGUUAUAUAUAUAUAUAUAUACACAUGUGUUGUGUGUGUGUAUACACCAUGUAUAUUCUACUAAAAUAAUUUGUAAUAAAUGUCUAGUUAUAAAAAAUGUUUUUAAAAUAAUUAUAAAACUUUUUUUAUCAAAAAUAAAUUAAAUAUUUCUACAAU